GGCUAACAAUCAAAAUGCAGGCCGUAUGUUACACUUUACAAAAAUUACCAUGCAGUGGUAUGUGAUAAAAUGUGAAUGGUUUAUAUUUGAAGAGAUUUAAUAAACCACUAUUUGACCAAUUCAAAGAAUCAGCUGGCUAACUGCAAGCUACUUUAGCUAACGUAAUAACGUCAGCUAGCUAAUGACGCUAACUUUAGAUAGUAACUUUACCGCUGACUGUGAAUUUAACGUUAACGUUAGUUGUUUUAAUGUUAACUGAAUGGUAAUACCAUGCAAAUUGUAGACAACUAAAACGCCCCUAAAGAUUUUCUUUUCAUAUAUACUGUUAUUUAAAUAUAGACAUACCAACAUUUUACCGUUGUCUUUAUUUCGUUUUUCCUAACAUGUUUUUUUCUUACCAAAUGAAGCCCUGAUAGGAAGACUGCCGGAACCUUUCUUGCUAGCAUUGAGUUCAGCCGGUGCUUUUAGUUGACAGUACCACAAACGGACCACAAACAGUAGAAAUAAAUCCCACUGUCACGGAUUCAUAACGAUAACGGAUUAAAAAACAAAAUCGCCCCUGACAUACUUAACAAAUACCUAUCAGGCAGAUACUUUCCGUUCGCAUUUAACGUUUUAAAUACGGAUACACGGCGCUCGUCGUCGCACGUCGUCUCUAACGUUAUAAACACUAAUAACAAUGGCUUCUGGGUCGCCGUCGUCCUCUCCGGACACUGCGACUGGCUCAGGUACAGACCCUGCCCGGCCUGACACAGGGGAGCCCCUAGGUGGAGCAGGCUCGGACUCUGACUCGGACCUGGGUUUGAGUAAAUUUGACUGCAGCGGCAUGGAAAUGGGGGACCGGCUGGAGGGAGACGAGCUGGAGCGGGAGUUCGAGUCUGCAGCCGACCGGGUACGAGAUCUGGUUCAGACGGCCAGCAGGGACCAGCUACUGUACCUAUAUGCACGCUACAAACAGGCCAAAGUGGGAAAGUGCAAUACAACAAAGCCUGGCUUCUUUGACUUUGAAGGACAGAGAAAAUGGCAAGCCUGGAAGCAGCUUGGAGACAUGGAGGCGGAGCAGGCAAUGCAGGAGUACAUUUCCUGUGUCAAUGUGUUAGACCCUGAAGGCAGCACGAAGGAAAGACGAGGGGCGGAAAGAAGAACAGGCUUUGGAGGAGCAGCAGUCAGCUCUCUGUACCAGGAGGAGAUGAUCAGGGAAGAGGAUAAAAACAUCUUUGACUACUGCAGAGAAAAUAACAUUGACCACAUCAGCAAGGCCAUCAGCUCCCAGAAAGUGGAUGUCAAUACUAAAGACGAAGAGGGUCGGGCUCUCCUGCACUGGGCCUGUGACAGAGGACACAAAGAGCUGGUCUCUGUAUUACUGCAGCACAAAGCGGACAUCAACAGUCAGGAUAAUGAAGGACAGACGGCGCUACAUUAUGCAUCGGCGUGCGAGUUUGCCGACAUCGUGGAGCUCCUGCUGAACGCUGGAGCCGACCCGUCCAUCAAAGACAUGGAGGGCUCUCUCCCUGAGGAGGUCACUGAAUCCAGUGCCAUCUCCUCUCUCCUGCGUCAGUACACUGCUCCAAAAGGCUAGAUCAACUUCCUCCACCCGGUCCCCGCCCCUAUCCUCGUUCAUCUUCUGUUCAUCCCCAGCAGUUGGUAGACCAUGAUUGCAAAGGUUUUAUUUGACUUUAUUUCCAUAUACUUGAGGUGAGUUUGAUUUCAUUGGCUUAGUUUUUUGGAACCACAGGGUGUAAACAUUAGCGGCUCUGUUUGGUAAGACCCAUGAAAUGAAGCACUCCACAAGUAUUUUCAUUAAUCUAAAUACUAUAUAUUGACUUUAAAUACCCAGUAGGGUUGGGUGAUAUGAAUAUUACUGUGAGAUGAUAAAGAUCAACUGGUUAAGAUUUUGCUUUACUGAGGUGGCUGCACCUUUAAUAUCUCCUCUGAGCAGGUAUGUGUAUAGGCAAUAUUGGGAUGACAGGCCUUGUGCAUCAGUGUGAUGAAGUGUCGGAUAUGUCAGGCCGGAAAAGUUAUAUCACAGUGUAUCUCUGGUUAUUGUGAUAUAAAAUUAAAUACUGUAAUGGAAGAUUUUAUACAUAACCCCCACUCCUACUGCCCAGGUCUGACAAUCAGCCAGACUCUCUGACCAUUUUGUUCAUGAUUCAGUUGUAUUAUGUUCAAGGAAUGCUUUAGUCAUUUAUCACAUUAAAGUCUUCAACAAAUGUG